GUGCAGAGAGGAAUGGAGGGUGGGGUAGUCAUGCAAAUAUGCAAAACACACACGCACUCACACAAUCACACACGGGAAUAGAAUAAAUUCUGAAAUCCUCUUCCCCUGUCCCUCUCAUUCCAAAUCUCUUUUUGUGAACUUGUGGUUGGACUCUUCCUUUUGCAUAAGGGUUUCUCUCGAUGCUCCUCUGUUCUCUGCACCCAACGAAAAGUACAAUUCUUUUUUCCUUUUGGGGAACCCCAUUACACGUUUCUGCCUGUUAAAUGCCAAUUUUAUAUGUCUCUGUCUUUUACUUCUUGGUGGGGUUGCUUUAGGGUUCUGGUUUUCUCAACCUUCUGAAUUCAAUUCCAUCAUAUUCUUCUUUGCUUCUUUUUUCCACAAUUGGACAAGAACCCUUUUGUUCAUGCCAUUGGCAUAUGACAAUUGCCACUUCAUUUUUGUCUCUAGGGUUUGCACAUGAUCCUCAAAAUCUGUGUUCCACAAUGCUGAGGAGCAUCUGACACUGUAGCUUGAGUUGGUGCUUUCAGUUUCAGGUUUUGUUUCCAAGUGCACAGUCUCUCUUUGAAACAUGGGUUGUGUACAUGGCAAGUAUUGCUGUGGCAACUCUUCUUCAUCAGAGGAUGGCUCCAGGGAUUACCGAGAAAUUGGCUACUUUCAUGGCCACAGGAAGAACGUACUCGCUCAGAAAUCAUUGAAGCAUGCUUCUGUUCCUUCUCGCAACUUCAUUUUGGAGUACACUUUUCUCACUCAGAGGGGAUUCUACCCUGACUCACCUGAUAAAGAAAACCAAGAUAGUCUCUGCAUUAGUACACAAAUCCAAGGUAAUCCCAAUGUCCAUUUCUUUGGUGUCUAUGACGGGCAUGGCCAAUUUGGUAGUCAGUGUUCCAACUUCGUCAAGGAUAGGUUGGUAGAUAAGUUGUCAAAUGAUCCCGCAUUGUUGGAGGACCCUGUUCAAGCUUACACUUCUGCAUUCUUGACAACGAAUCAUGAGUUGCAUACUAGUGAGAUUGAUGAUUCUAUGAGUGGCACCACCGCAAUCACCGCUCUUGUUAUUGAUGACACCCUUUAUGUUGCUAAUGUUGGUGAUUCUAGAGCUGUGCUGGCUGUUAGGGAUGGGAAUCGCAUUAUUGCUGAGGACUUGUCCUCUGAUCAGACACCAUUUAGGAGAGAUGAAUAUGAGAGAGUGAAACUCUGUGGGGCGAGGGUGUUGAGUGUUGAUCAAGUGGAAGGGCUCAAGGAUCCAGAUAUCCAGAAUUGGGGUGAUGAAGAGAGUCGGGGUGGUGAUCCUCCCAGAUUGUGGGUUCCAAAUGGGAUGUAUCCGGGAACUGCAUUUACAAGGAGUAUCGGGGAUAGUUUUGCGGAGACUAUCGGUGUCAUUGCUGUUCCUGAGGUGUCAACAGUUCAGCUUACACCUAAUCAUCUUUUCUUUGUUGUUGCAAGUGAUGGCAUAUUUGAAUUCCUGUCAAGCCAGACUGUUGUUGAUAUGGCAGCAAGUUAUACAGAUCCCCGUGAUGCAUGUGCUGCUAUUGCUGAAGAGUCAUAUAAACUAUGGUUGGAACUUGAGAACAGAACAGAUGAUAUAACAAUUAUCAUUGUUCAGAUCAAAGGUCUCUCUAAUUCAGGUACAUCUGGAGUUGAAUCAGAUGAGGUCAGCAUUGGUACAGUAAUGGAGUCUAGGACAGGAACUCCAGAGACAGUUCCCACUGGAUCUAAUUUUUAUCAGUCUGCAACGACCAGUCGCUCUGAUUUGCAAUCCUGUCAGCAUGUAGCUUCAAUGAGGACCCCAGCCGUAGUGGUUCACUCUCCAGCAUGUCCUAGACCAAUUGAAUCUGUAUGAUCUCAAUCUCAAGAACAUUGUUGAUUUGUCUCAUAUUAAUCAUUUGGUUGCGAUCUACAUAAUUACUUCUUUUCUCCCUUUUUGCUUUAUAGUGAUUGAAGAGAGGGGCUUUACUGAAGCUUUACCAAGUCUCUUACCAUUUCUCCUAAGUGGUACAUUUCCACGUUCCAACUUUCCAAGCAUUUUGCAUUACUAUCAUACAUUUACUGGUCACACUAUCUUUUAGGCUGCUCAAGGUUGCCAAUUUGAGGUGCAUUGUCUUGGCAUCAAAAGGAAUUUGUUCAGAAUUUAGAAAUCACAGUUGUUAAAAAUUAAGCUACAUGUUUAACCAUCAGAAACACCUUAGGAGAACACUUGAGCUCGCCUUCUUGUGACGCCAUUGCAUAUCCACUCUUAAUGGAUUUGAAAUUUGGAAAGGAAUCAAUAACGGACUUGAAAUGAAAGGAAGUUAUGCAAGGAGAUUGGGUUGUGAGUGGUGACUACCGUUUGCAUUGAAUCGUGGUAGAAACUCAUAAGACGGUCACUGGCCAGUUUGGAGGGCAGAGCAGAUACUACUUGGCCUUUAAAUGCAUUGCUCUCAUAGAUGCUGAAUCCAACGUAUAUAUCACGAGCAUAACUGAUUAUUUUAUGGCAUUUCAAGAUUAAUUUCAUGUCCUUACCAUAAAUUCAAGACUGAAUCGUGGGAUAAGACAAUAGAGACUAUAUCAACCACUUAGUUGGGGUUUGUUAAAUGUGAGUAAAAAAAUAAUUCCUUUUCUCUUAAUCCUGAAAGGUUAUUCAAUAGAUGGUGGUGGUUAGAUAUUGAUGUGUAUAAUGUGGUUUCGAGAAUUUAUUAACCUAUUCCAAAUGACUAAAAUCACACAAUCACUAGGUACUCGCAAGACCUCUAUCAUUAUCGAUUUCUAACAUAUGUUAUUGUGAUCAAUUCUCACUACCUCUAAAUUUUAAUAAACAGACUUAAAAAAAAUAUAUAUUGAAGUUUAUAAAUGACAAAUGAUAGUUUUCAAGUAAUCAAAUUGAUGCAAGAAAAUUUUUCCUGUGGUGCUGCUCUAUUUAUUACUCCAAAUUCUGGGUGUGUUGCAUGGGCUGUUGCUAAAAGUUAAACAUAUAAUGGUCAUUAAUGGAUAUCUUGACACAGAGAUAUAUUGAUAAAAGUCAAGAGGUAAAAUAACAUUAUUCGGUAUUAAGGUAAUAUAAAUAUAUACUUUUUGAUAAAUUAAACUAAUGUUACGGGGGUGAUAAUUAACUUUGAUUGAAAAAAUGAUAAUCUAACAUGCAUAAGUUUAGAACUUAGAAAAUUAUAAUUUAAAACGACAUUGUAAUCUUAAUUAAAAAAAUUGAUGAG